CAGGAGGACACUAGCAUUCUGAUGAAGCGUGCGUGCAUCAGCAGGCUAUAUAUAAAGCGCGACAAGCUGCUAGGUUGGGCCGUAGGCAGCUAGACCAUCACGGAUCUUCGUUGCUCGUGUCGAUCGAUCAAGGAGCAUACAGAGAUGCCGACGUCGUCAAGGGACGGCCUGGUGCUGGGGCGGGUGAUCGGCGACGUGGUGGACCAGUUCUCGCCGACGGUGGCGCUCCAGGUCUCCUACAACGGCCGCCGCCUCUUGAACGGCGCCGACUUCCGGCCGUCGGCGGUGGCGGCGAGGCCUCGCGUCGAGGUCGGGGGCACCGAUCUCAGGCAGUGCUACACGCUUGUUAUGGUGGAUCCUGACGCCCCCAACCCGAGCAAUCCGACGUUGAGGGAGUAUUUGCACUGGUUUGUCACUGAUAUUCCUGGGACAACUGAUGUUGGCUACGGUCGCGAGGUGAUCUGCUACGAGAGCCCUCGGCCGCCGGCGGGGAUCCACCGCGUGGUGUUCGUGCUCUUCCGGCAGAUGACGCGCGGCUCCGUGGAAGUGGCGCCGCUCCUCCGCCACAACUUCUGCACCCGCAACUUCGCCGAGGACUACGGCCUGGGCGCCCCCGUCGCCGCCGCCUUCUUCACCUGCCAGCCCGAGGGCGGCACCGGCGGCCGUCGCCUCGUGGUCCGGCCGCCGCGGACGACACCGGCGCCCUAAAUGCACCAUUCUGCAGAAUGGUCCUCAGGACAGACUGGUAUACGACCUACUCAUCAGUUAAUCAGCACGAUGAUACGUAUACACAUACGGCGCAUGUAUGUAUGCAUGCUAGCUUUAUUUUGUAUAGUAGAUAGCGCGUGUGCUUGUGUGCGUAAUUAACAUGUGAUCACUAAGAAAUAAAGUAAAAGAGGAUAAUGCCCUAAUUUGUCACCAA